UUGCCAGCUGAAACGGCGCAUUAACCAACAGAAAUAUCUGAUCGAACGCUGUGUACCGAGGGAUAGCCAACUAGAAUCGACUCUGUGAUCUCUUCCCACUAGCGGGAGCAAUACUCAUCAUUAUGAAGAUAACCGAUCUUGGUCUUCGCAAUGGAAAUCAUCCUCGAACAUUCAUCACACUCCUCUUCGGAACGGUGGUUGGAUUUAUGUUUGCUACCUUCCUCACGUCUUCGACCGUAAAGGUGAAUCCAUGGUUACCGGAAUACUACCAUCAUAGAGACGCACCGUCUGUAGCCAGCGAUCCGCAUACCGGCAACGAGCUGCGCGAUGCCUUCGGUCCAGAGAAGGACGUGGGAAAGCACGCUUCGAAUGAAGAGGUUCAUGCCCACGAAAACUCCUCACUAUCACAGCAGCUGCAACGUGAAGUACGCGUCCUAUGUUGGAUAAUGACCAAUCCGACAAAUCACAAACAAAAAGCUUUACACGUUAAGCGCACGUGGGGUAAUCGGUGCAAUAAGCUGGUGUUUAUGAGUUCUGUGGCAGAUCCGUUGAUCGACUCGGUUGCACUACCAGUUGGCGAAGGAAGGAACAAUUUGUGGGCCAAAACGAAAGAAGCUUUCAAAUAUCUCUAUAAAAAUCACCUAGACGAUGCGGAUUGGUUUAUGAAAGCUGAUGAUGAUACAUACGUUGUUGUAGAGAAUCUGCGUUACAUGCUUUACGCUUACUCUCCAAGCCAUCCGAUCUACUUCGGGUGCCGCUUCAAGCCGUUUGUUAAACAGGGCUACAUGUCCGGCGGUGCCGGUUACGUUUUGAGCAAAGAGGCAGUCAAACGCUUCGUAGAGGAUGCGAUACCGAAUCCCAAGUGUAGGCAAGAUGCUGACGGAGCGGAAGAUGUCGAGAUGGGAAAAUGCAUGGAGCUGGUGAAGGUACUAGCAGGUGAUUCUAGAGAUUCCGUAGGGCGAGGACGAUUUUUCCCAUUCGUCCCAGAGCAUCAUCUUAUACCGAAUCAUGUGAACGAUGAUUUCUGGUACGUGAAAUACACAUACUACAAACCGGAUGAGGGUCUCGAUUGUUGCUCCGAUAAUGCUAUCUCAUUUCACUACGUUUCACCAAAUCAAAUGUACGUGCUGGACUAUUUGAUUUAUCAUCUGCGCCCAUACGGUAUCGUUGGUCACGCGCAGCCUCUACCAAAAAAGCUCAGCCUCUCUGACAUAGUGCGAAUGGAUGAUCUGGCAAAGACGACUCCAAAGCCCGCGACGACUAAUACGGUGCAGAGUGAAACCAAAGUGAAUGAACCAAAGACCUAAACUCGUAACUGCUGCCAAAGCAGCAUAUCGCUAAGAACCAAAAGAAAAAUAAGAAGGGUAGAAUGGUCAGUAAUCUUUGCGAAACAAGUAGAGUGAAUGCAAUAUCUCUGUAAUGACUGGAUGUCCGUGCUCAUCCGCGAAGCAUACACUUGAAACAAGGUCAUGUAGGUGUGUAAGUUUAAUGUUAGAUUAUUCUUAAGAACCCUGAUAGCUUAAAGUUGAAAGUGGUGACCGACAUAGUUGCAACCGAUUGCAUUUCCCCACUUUAUGUAUGGCUAUUGUGUGAGGAAAUAGCAGUAGGAUUAUAGAGUAGGAUUCUCAGUUUCUUUUCGAAACAAAUCUCCAAUUAGCUAUGUUCUCGCAUAAGAUUGGAACGAAAAUUGAAAUGAAAAUGGGGUAUGAAUUUGAUCUACAUCAAUGGCAAACAAUAGAUUUAUGAGAGAAUCUAUUGUUUUUUUUUCUAAUAGUGCAAAGAAUUUUCCAUGUGGAAUCUCAUUUAGUCGGUUGAAUUUACAUUCGUAUCAUUUUUUGAUUAUAUUUUAGAUUUCUUUGUGAAUGCCCUGUACCGUGCUGAUUUAUGAUACGGGGACAUGCUAAGUCAUAGCUUCCUCUAGCGACCUAGAAUUCUGACAAGAACUGAGCUGAGGGACGGUUACCUAUUAAUGAUGGUUGCCAUUACUGGUACGAGCCUGAGCAAAUUAUCUGCUAAACAUACGGCUUAUCCGUUCUUAUACAUGUAAAAUGAAUCUCUGUUUCGUUGUUCAAGAUUGGGUUUAGCUAUGGACCCAAUGCGUAUCACGUUGUGAGUAAACAUCAAUCCCGAUUAUUUUUCCGCGGUUUUUAGCUGUAUGAAUAUCAAGUUUGAGCUAGUGAAAGAUGCAUUUCAGUAAAGUUGCCAUCACAUUCAGGUUUAUUAAGUAAAGUUUUUUUUAAGCCGUAGGAUAUACAUAGCGAGUCAGUUGCGAAAGCUAAUGCCUACAAAUAUUUUGAUUGAACCGGCAAAUGCACCUUAGUAAGGAACUGAUCCCGCAGGAGUCGUGACUUUGUCGCCUAACGGAAUACUCCUAAAACAAAAAACGAACAAAGAUGCGGCUGUAAGCUGCCACGCAUGAUUAUCGAUCAGUGAAAAUCAUCUCGAAUAAAAUAAUUUAUCCUCU